CGCUCGCCUACCCAGCCCAGCCUCGGCCACCGCGGCAGCGGCGGCGGCGGCGGGGGCAGGGUCCGCUGCGGCACCGCCGCCACCACCGGCUCCGCCACCCGCCGCUGUCAGCGGCUUCCCCCGGCGGGAGGAGAGAGCCCGGAGAGCACUUUUCCCCCGACUUUAGGAGUGUUUGUGGAUUUACAUGCCAAGCCUUCAAGAUGAUGUCCAUGAACAGCAAACAGCCUCAUUUUGCCAUGCAUCCCACCCUACCUGAGCACAAAUACCCCUCUCUACACUCCAGCUCGGAAGCAAUAAGAAGAGCAUGUCUACCAACUCCACCGCUGCAGAGCAAUAUCUUCGCCAGCCUCGAUGAGACCCUGCUGGCGCGGGCCGAGGCUCUGGCCGCCGUCGACAUCGCCGUCUCGCAGGGCAAGAGCCACCCGUUCAAGCCCGACGCCACGUACCACACCAUGAACAGCGUGCCCUGCACCUCCACCUCCACCGUGCCCCUGGCGCACCACCACCACCACCACCACCACCAUCACCAGGCGCUGGAGCCCGGCGACCUCCUCGACCACAUCACCUCCCCCUCCUUCAGCUGCGGCGGCUCGCCGGGCUCCAGCGCCUUCUCCCUCACCUCCAGCAGUGCGGCGGCUGCCAGCUCGCCCUUCGCCAACGACUACUCCGUCUUCCAGGCUCCGGGCAGCGCCGGUGGCGGCGGCGGCGGCGGAGGCGGCGGCGGUGGAGCGGCAGCAGGAGGCGGCGGCGCACCAGCCCGUCUUCAUCUCCAAGGUGCACACGUCGGUGGAGGGGCUCCAGGGCAUCUACCCGCGGGUGGGCAUGGCGCACCCCUACCUCCUCCGCCCGCCGCUACUCGGGCCGCGCCACCUGCGACUGCCCCAACUGCCAGGAGGCCGAGCGGCUGGGGCCGGCGGGGGCCAGCCUGCGCCGCAAGGGGCUGCACAGCUGCCACAUCCCCGGCUGCGGCAAGGUCUACGGCAAGACCUCGCACCUGAAGGCGCACCUGCGCUGGCACACGGGCGAGCGGCCCUUCGUCUGCAACUGGCUCUUCUGGNGCCGAGCGCUUCAAGCAGCGCCGCAUCAAGCUGGGGGUGACCCAGGCCGACGUGGGCUCGGCGCUGGCCAACCUGAAGAUCCCGGGGGUGGGCUCCCUCAGCCAGAGCACCAUCUGCCGCUUCGAGUCCCUCACCCUCUCCCACAACAACAUGAUCGCCCUCAAGCCCAUCCUGCAGGCCUGGCUGGAGGAGGCCGAGGGCGCCCAGCGGGAAAAAAUGAACAAGCCCGAGCUCUUCAAUGGGGGCGAGAAGAAGCGCAAGCGGACUUCCAUCGCCGCCCCGGAGAAGCGCUCGCUGGAGGCGUACUUCGCCGUCCAGCCCCGGCCCUCUUCCGAGAAGAUCGCCGCCAUCGCCGAGAAAUUGGACCUCAAAAAGAACGUGGUGCGGGUUUGGUUUUGCAACCAGAGACAGAAGCAGAAACGGAUGAAAUUUUCCGCCACCUACUAG